AGCGCGUGUUCCCCGAAAAAGGAUAUCUAUAUCCUUAACGGGAUAGUAAUUUCAGUCUAAAGUCAAAAAAGCUUGGGGCGUUUGGAUGCAGCGAUAGCGGCAGAGCACGCACCAAGGUGAAGCAACCGAGAAAGGGCAAAAGCGAGCAAUAUAAAACGAGGUACAUCUCUGCAGUAGUAUUCAGUAAACAGCUGAACAUCGGAGAAAUAGGUUAACACCUAAUUGCACUGCUCUAAUUAUGACCACUGCUCUGUUCAAAUUGUCCUUCGCGGCGUUGCUGGCCGUGGCCUGCUGCGGGCGGUUGGAGCAGCAAUACCUCCCCCCGCACGUCGGGGGUUCCCAUGGAGGUUCUGGCGGAUCUUUUGGAGGAGGAUCGUUUGGGGGAUCGAGUGGGGGAUCAUUCGGGGGAUCGAGUGGCGGGUCGUUCGGCGGAUCCCACGGAGGAGCUAACAUCCCUAUCACCAAAUUUGAGAACGUGAACAAUGGAGAUGGCAGCUAUCGUUAUAGCUACGAGACCGGUAACGGCAUCAGAGCGCAGGAAAGCGGAGCCCCCCGCGCCCCCGGCCCCGAAGGCCCCGCUGUCACGGCGGAGGGAGGCUUCUCCUACACCGCCCCCGACGGCCAGCAGAUCUCCAUCUCCUACACCGCCGACCAGAACGGCUUCCAUCCCGUAGGCUCCCACAUCCCCACCCCGCCCCCCAUCCCGGACGCGAUCCUCAAGUCCAUCGAGUUCAACAAGCGCAAUCCUUCUUCCGAGGGCCAGUACAACCCCAGCGGCAACGGCGGCCACGGCGGUUCAGGCGGCUACCACUACUGAUCUCACCCUCGACACUAACUCACCUCACCAUGGACUGUGAUACCACGACCUAGCACUAAUUCGUUAGUUUAGUUAGUUUUAUGAUGUAAAUAUGCAUGAAGAAUAAAUUAUGUUUGAG